AUGUAUCAAAAAAAAAUAAAUCAUGGUGGCAGUCUUUAUAUCCACAAAGUAAUUGCUAAAUUGCCAAAACCAAAAUCAGGUUUCACACUUCCUGGACAUAAAUACACAAGACCAUACAACCCUCUUGACAAACGACUGAGAUAUGAUAAAGAUACUGGUGAAAUACUUGAGAUCCAUGAUAAACCAACUGGAAAAACAGAUCCUAUCGCAUUGCAACAUGAUGUUGACUAUUCUGUGAGCAACGAUGACAAAAAAUGUAAGAAUAAAGCAAAUAGAAAAAUGGUGAAAGCACUUGAUGCAGUACCUUAUAAUGAAAGACAGUGGGGUCAUUGG